UGAUGAUAAGCCCCACAAAUUGGAUGCAUUCAACGCUGAAUGUUGUGGAACUUUGUCGGAUCAUGUCCGCAAGCGCGCUACAAGCUCUUGCGGAGUUAUGGUGGAGUCGUCUUGCUGGUCCCUCGCCCUUCAUCUGUCGGAGCCGAUGUCGUGAUCGCGACCGGCCGCCACCAUCACAUGGCUUUUUGCUCAUAAUCAGCUUUCGUCCUUUCUUCAGUAUUUUCGCCAAAUAUCGUCAUGUCAGGCACUGCAUCAUCAACACCCGGGCCCACGGUCAAGCUCCCCCAAGGAACGGUUGUCGGUAUACAGGAGACCGGUGGCUACCCGGUCCCUAUCGAGGCGUUCAAAGGAAUACCGUAUGCUCUCCCACCAACGGGUGACCGCCGAUUUCGUCCGCCGGUGAAAGUAAAGCCGUCUGAAGAUGUCAUUGAUGCUUCGCACUUUGGCCCGCGAGCUCCGGCGAAGCAAUUCCUGAUAGUAGGCCCUGAACUGGAGGAGAGCGAGGACUGUCUUACAGUUAAUAUCUUUCGUCAAAAGGGUACAACUGACCAAGCGUCACCGCUGCCUGUCGCACUUUAUAUGCAUGGCGGUGCAUUCAACCGUGGAAAUGCUGCAAUGCAUGACACAGGGGCCAUGGUUGGCUGGUCGGAAUUACCGUUCAUUGGUGUCUCCUUCGGAUACCGGAUUGGUGCUCUUGGUUUCCUACCUUCAAAACUCAGUGCAAAAGAGGGCGCACUCAAUCUUGGACUGAAAGACCAGAUCUGUCUCAUGGACUGGGUCCAAGAUAACAUCUCGUUCUUUGGUGGUGAUCCUGGAAGAGUAACCUUGUUUGGCCUCUCCGCAGGUGCACAUUCAAUUGGCCACCACCUUCUGAAUUAUAAGGAAGGACACGCACCACCCUUCCGUCAAGUCAUCAUGGAGUCGGGAGCACCGACUUCGAGAGCAGUCCGAGCUGCGGACUCAGAUAUCCAUGAAAACCAAUUUAAAGAUUUCCUGAAGGCAGUGGAGUGCCCUCCAGAUCUCUCCGAUACUGAUAUUUUUGGAUUUCUUCGCUCGCUGCCUCUAUCUACUAUCACAAAGGCGCAAACAACUGUCUUUUACAACUAUAACCCUAGCCUGUGCUGGGCAUUCCAGCCAGUUAUCGAUGGGGAAAUCAUCCGUCGCCCACCGAUAGAAGCUUGGAGAAACGGCCAAUGGCACAAGAUGCCAAUAUUGACAGGACACACGACGAAUGAGGGCUCGCUAUACGUCGACAAGAAUAUGUCUACAACGGAGCAGUUUAUCAAUUUCUGGGCCAACCUACUCCCCGGGCUGACAGAAGAGGACCUGAAGACUAUCGACGCCUUGUACCCGGAUCCUACCAGAUUUCCGAGCUCCAUCUAUCAGGAGACCCGCUCCGGUGUUGGAAAGACGUACAAGCGGAUUGAGGCAGCCUAUGCGCAAUACGCUUACAUUGCACCUGUCCAGCAGACAGCUCACCUUGCAAGCCCUGAAGUACCUGUGUACUUAUACCACUGGGCUUUAGAGUCGGAUGUCGUGAUGGGAGCGCGACACGGUGAUAACAUGUUCUACGAGAUGAGAGAUUCUAAGAAGUGCGCUUUAUCACAGACGCAAGACGAGCUGUCUGGUAUUCUGCAUGCGUACAUGACGAGUUUCAUCUGUACCGGAGACCCCAACACCCUCCAAGGCAAAUAUAGUCGGAGACCGCCGUGGCCGAAGUUUGAAAAAGAUGCACCCAGGUCUAUGGUAUUUGCGCAAGAUAACAAGGAGCUUGUUGGAGGUAAGACUGGGUCUCCUGCAGUCAUAGCGGACGAUUUAUGGGCAAAAGAGGAGUCUCAUUUCUGGUGGAGUAAGGUAGAGAUAUCUCAGAGAUAGGAAACUGAAACUAAGAUUUUUUUACCAAG